AGGUAGGCUAUGGAGGGUGGCACGGGGCGGGGCAGGACGCGGCUGAGGUGCUGCCCGGCCCGUCGCGUCAUCCCGGGGAUGGGAUCCCCCCGCUGUUUGCCGGGGCCCGCCCGGGUCUCCCGGUUGCGGCUGUGCCGGUGGCCGCGGCAGGCACCUCCUGGUGUCCAACCGGGCCAGCGCAGCUCCCGCAGCUUCUCCUCGUGCCCUACACGCCUGACCCCCAGGCGCUUCAGCAGCCCGCGGGAAAUCCCAGCAGGAUUUCUACUACUGGGUAGUAGUAGAAAGUGCUGGGGGAGCCUGGGCUUUAAAGAAAUUUGAGCUUGGGCUGGGCCAGGCCCUGCACAGCCUGUUCUCAUCUGAGUCAGUUUUGAGUGAAGGGUCGGACCAAGGCUUGCAGGGAUCCCUUCCAGCCUAAGUGAUUCCAUGAUCUUGGCAAAAUAAGUGUGUCCUUGUUCUUGAUACACGGAUCUGGACUGUGUCUGCUUGUUACAAUCACUGCAGGGCGUCACAUGAAUCUGCUUAAUUAUUUCCAUGAUCCCUGACUCAGGGUCUUGCUUCUGAUGUACAGAAGCACAGAAUAUUCUGAGUUGGAAGGGGCCCACAAGGAUCAUCAAGUCCAGCUCUUAAGUGAAUGGCCCAUUCCAGGAUUGACCCCACGACCUGGGUGUUUUUAGCACCAGGCUCUGACCUGCUGAGCUCAUCUCAGCGUUCUGUGUCAGUAUUAAAGUUAUUAUUUAAAUACCCUGCAGGGUUUGAGUGAAGUUUGCAAAGUGGCAUCAGAAUAGGAAGACCCUAAACUUGGGAAAAGCUGCUUUGGCGAGAUUUCAGAAGCAGCAGCAGGGUCAGCCUGGGUCAGGACACCAACCAGAAUUCCUUCUGAGAUGAAAAAAAUUCUCUGCAGGCCAACCCCAGCUUCAGAUUCUCCCCCAGGUUUAGCCUUCCUGGCUGGAGCUGUGUCAGCUGCAGCAGCCCAGAGCAGCUGGAAGUGUCCAAGCCCAGCGUUCCAGUUCCAGCAGCGUCCCUGCCGGGGAUGCUCUCCCCGGCGGCCGAGGGUUAACCCCUCGCUGCCGGGAGCCGGGAGCAUGAGCGAGUUCCGCAUCCACCACGACGUGAACGAGCUGCUGAGCCUGCUGCGCGUGCACGGCGGCGACGGCGCCGAGGUCUACAUCGAGCUGCUGCAGAAGAACCGCACGCCCUACGUCACCACCAACGUGUCCGCGCACAGCGCCAAGGUGAAAAUAGCAGAGUUUUCUCGAACUCCUGAAGACUUUUUAAAGAAGUACGAUGAGCUGAAGUCUAAAAACACGAGACAUCUGGAUUCUUUAGUUUAUCUGCUGUCCAAACUCACCGAAGAUAAAGAGACACUCCACUACCUGCAGCAAAAUGCUAAAGAAAGGGCAGAACUCGCAGCAAAUGCAGCCACCAGCAGCAGCACGAGCUUCUCCAUCCCCUCAUCCACUUCCAAGAUGUCUCUGCAGGAGCUGGAGGAGCUGCGCAAGCAGCUGGGCAGUGUCACGGCCAGCUCCAGUGCACAGCAGCCUCUUGAGCUUACACGAAAAAUCCUCCGGGAUAAGCAGAACAAGAAGAAUUCUGGCCAGCCCAUUCCAGUAUUUCCAUCCUGGGUGUACGAGAGACCUGCACUCAUUGGGGAUUUCUUAAUUGGCACCAGUCUAAGCACUGACACAACAGUACCAAUAGGCACUCUGCCCUUGGCCUCCCAGGAGUCCAUGAUAGUGGAGGACCUGCUGUACGUGCUGAUAGGCGUGGAUGGGAGGUACAUCACAGCACAGGCCCUCGUGGGCAGACAGAACCGAGCCUUUUCCCUCGAUCCAAACCUCGACUUGUCCAUCAAGGAGCUGGUGACCAGGAUUCUUCCUGUGGCUGCGAGUUACUCCACUGUCACCAGGUUUAUAGAGGAGAAGUCUUCCUUUGAGUAUGGACAGGUAAAUCACGCUCUGGCUGCGGCCAUGCGGACUCUAAUCAAGGAAUACAUGAUAUUAAUUACCCAACUGGAGCAUCUUCAGAGGCAGGGCCUUCUGUCACUGCAGAAGCUGUGGUUUUACAUCCAGCCCACAAUGAGGACCCUGGAGAUUCUGGCUUCACUGGCUACUUCUGUGGAUAAGGGUGAGUGUAUGGGAGGAUCAACCCUGAGCUUGCUGCAUGACAAGACUUUCAACUACACAGGGGACAGCCAGGCCCAGGAGCUGUGCCUGUAUUUAACCAAGGCAGCCAGCGUGCCUUACUUUGAAAUCCUGGAAAAGUGGAUAUAUAGAGGCAUCAUUAAUGAUCCAUACAGUGAGUUCAUGGUGGAGGAACAUGAGCUGCAGAAGGAGAAGAUUCAGGAGGACUAUAAUGACAAGUACUGGGAUCAGAGAUACACUGUUGUUCAGCAGCAGAUUCCCUCCUUCUUGCAGAAAAUGGCUGACAAAAUCCUGAGCACAGGGAAAUAUUUAAAUGUUGUGCGGGAAUGUGGGCGAGAUGUCACCUGCCCUGUGGCCAAAGAGGUCAUCUACACUUUAAAAGAGAGAGCCUAUGUGGAACAAAUUGAAAAAGCAUAUAACUAUGCCAGCAAAGUUCUUCUGGACUUCCUGAUGGAGGAGAAAGAGCUGGUGGCUCACCUAAGAUCUAUAAAACACUAUUUCCUGAUGGAUCAAGGGGACUUCUUUGUUCACUUCAUGGAUCUGACAGAGGAGGAACUUAAGAAGCCUGUGGACGACAUCAUAACGACCAGGCUGGAGGCUCUGCUGGAAUUAGCCCUGAGAAUGAGCACAGCCAACACUGAUCCCUUCAAGGAUGAUUUAAAGAUCGACCUGAUGCCCCAUGACCUCAUCACUCAGCUCCUGAGGGUGUUGGCCAUAGAAACAAAGCAGGAGAAGGCCAUCAUCAGUGCAGACCCCACAGAGCUCACCCUCAGCGGCCUGGAGGCCUUUUCCUUCGACUACAUUGUCAAGUGGCCUCUGUCCCUCAUCAUAAACAGGAAAGCACUGACAAGGUACCAGAUGCUUUUCAGACACAUGUUCUACUGCAAGCACGUGGAAAGGCAGCUGUGCAACGUCUGGAUCAGCAAUAAGACAGCCAAGCAAUUCUCCCUGCACUCAGCUAAGUGGUUUGCUGGUGCUUUCACACUGCGGCAGCGGAUGCUGAAUUUUGUGCAGAAUAUCCAGUAUUACAUGAUGUUUGAAGUGAUGGAGCCAACAUGGCACAUUCUGGAGAAGAACCUGAAGCUGGCAUCCAACAUCGACGAUGUCCUGAGCCACCACACGAGCUUCCUGGACAACUGCCUGAAGGACUGCAUGCUCACCAACCCGGAGCUGCUCAAGAUCUUCUCCAAGCUGAUGUCUGUGUGUGUCAUGUUCACCAACUGCAUGCAGAGGUUCACCCAGAGCAUGAAGCUGGACAGCGAGAUGGAGAGGCUCACCCUGGAGCACGGCACCAUGCUGGGCCCGCCCACCGAGGAGGAGCGCGCCCAGGAGGCGGCCAAGAAGAAGCUGACCAGCAAGCUUUUAGCAGAGCAUGCUGACAACCUGCACCUCACAUCUGGCUUCGAGGCCACCAUCAACAAGUUUGACAGCAAUUUCUCCACACACCUGCUGGACCUGCUGGACAAACUGAGUGUGUACAGCACCAAUGACUGCGAGCACAGCAUGCUCAACAUCAUCUACAGGCUGGACUUCAACGGGUUCUACACGGAGCGCCUGGAGCACAUGUCAGCCGAGCGCAGCCAGAGGGCCCCGCCGCUGCUGCCCUGCCUGGCCGUGCCUGCCCAGUGACCCUCACCCAUUCCGGGGAGCUCAGCCCCCCACAAACCCUGCAGGGUGGCCCAGGGACACAGGGGAAUGUUCACUCUCCUGAGAUGUUUGUAAUGUUUUUGGGGUUUGUUGGCGUUUUGUUCUUUUUUUUUUUUUUUUUU